CUGAAAAAUCAUUGUGCCGGCCCUGCCCUUAGUUCUCUCUCUCUCUCUUUCUCUUUCUCUCUGAUGUUCCAAACCUGUGUUUUAGAUUCUCCACACUGAACCUGCUUUUUCCCUUUGAUAUAAAACGAAGCCUUGAUUGUGAGUGGAAGUUUGUGUGCCAAAUCACUGCUGCAUAAACUCACACCAUUUCGAAGUGAAGUGAAUUAGCUAUUAAAAUCAAUGGCGCAAAGAAAAAGGCGUUUAGAUCAAUCGAAGCAUCCAUUCAAUUCUUACCCCUUUGAAGCAGUUGUGUUUGGCUCAUGGCAAGCUGUGGAGUUCAUAAAAAUAGAGUCAGGAACUAUGAGCAUGCAUUUUGUGGAUAAUCUUCAUAUGGCUAUGGAGAAAGGCCCCUUGUCAGACAUUAGGAUAAGGUCAAGAAAAGCUACUUCAACAGAUUGCUCCUGUUUUCUACGACCUGGAACUGAUAUAUGUGUGUUAUCAGCCCCUCAACAAUCUGAUGAUUCGGAUGGACUUAAACUGGAGCCUGUUUGGACUGAUGCUAAAAUAAGUUCUAUACAGAGAAAACCUCAUGAAUCUGAGUGCUCAUGUCAGUUUUAUGUCAACAUCUAUGUUCAUCAAGGUUCACUUGGCGCAGAGCUAAGAACUCUUAGUAAGGAGAUUAAAGUAGUUGGAAUCAAUCAACUAUCCAUCCUCCAAAGACUUGAUCAUAAUCCUUGUGAAGAUCAGCACUAUCGAUGGGCCUUAUCUGAGGACUGCUCUACAUUGUCACACACUAAAUUGCUUCUGGGAAAAAUUUUAGGUGAUCUUUCAUGGUUAGUUGUUGCCUCUGUUGUAAAGAAAGUUUCAUUCAGCAUAAGAUCAAUAGAAAACAAGCUUGUGUAUCAAAUUUUGGGACAUGAUACUGUUGACACUUCAUUGAACAGUGAGUCUCAUAUUAAUGUUGUGAAUUUCAAAGUAGACAAUGGCUUGUUAGUACCCAUUGUUUCUCAAGUUUCUACACCUAACAACACUAAGAGGGUUGACCAUGUUCAUGAAACCCAGCUAGAUAAUGUGUCACCAUCUUAUAACGUUGAGGGCUUGCGACGUUCCAAACGCCGGAAUGUACAACCUGACCGUUAUAUUGGUUGUGAAAAUGUUUCUGAGUUUGAUGUUGGAUCUUUUAGAAACAGGCCACCAGUUAAGAUAGACAUUUGUAAUGAUGAUGAAAUGUCAAUGCCAUUAUCAUGCCUGUUUGGUUUGCAGCAAAAUGGUCCAGAAGAGGAUACUGAUGAUGAUCAAAAGGCAAACACCUGCCGGAAGCUUCUGGUGUACAAUAGGAGGGCUAAAUCCCGGAAGGUAAAGUCUGUUGAUCAUGAUCAGGAUGAACAUCACAAUCCACUUGCUAUUGUUCCUCUUCCUGAUCAAGGUGAUCCAGUAGCUGUCGAGCAUUGUGAUAUAAAUGACAAGGUUACUAGAAGUUAUGGACAUCAAUCUUCUGAAAUUUCUUCCAAAUAUUAUCAUUUAACUAGUAGCGCUAAAUUAAACAAGGACAAUGUUAAUUUGUUAGCUUUUGAGCCCCAUAAUAUGCCUGCUAAGUUAGAUGAUGCAGAAAAGAGUGAUGAUUUUUCAGUGAGAUAUCAUUAUAGUUAUGGCACACCCAAAUUACAGAGAAAGAGUUUAUGUGAUCUGGAUGAUAUGGUAGGUCUUGGAAAUAGAUGGGAAGGGAUAAAUUCCAGUAAAGGCGUUCAAGAAAGAAAAUACCGUUCCACAUAUUUAAGAAGUAGAAAUCAUGGAGAAGAAAGGCCUCAUAAUUACAAAGACAGAACCUUAAAUGCAGCAGCCUACAAGGAUUUGAUAAAUUCAUACUUAAAGAAUAUUAAUACAAGGCCAACCAAAGAAGAACAACCUAUUACUGACCAGUGGAAGCAAAACAAGACAACGAAUGGCUUUGGGAAGAAGACAGAAACAGAGAUAUUCCAUGGAGGGGAUGCAGAAGAAAUGUCUGAAAUGGAUAUGUUGUGGAGAGAACUGGAAGUGUCAUUGGCAUCAAGUUAUCUAGUUGAAGACACAGAGGAUUCAAAUGCUGUCAUUUUGGGUGAGACUCUGGAAAAGCCAAAGACAGAUUGUCAACAUGAUUACAGAUUGAAUGAAGAAAUUGGAAUUUACUGCUUUAAAUGUGGUUUUGUGUGCACUGAGAUCAGAGAUAUUUCACCACCCUUUAUUCAACAUUCAGUUUGGCACCAAGAGGAGAAGCAUAGCGCUGGACACGAUUCAGAGCCAAAGGCUGAUGAAGAUGAUGAUUUUAAUCUUUUCUCAACUCUUGCUUCUCCAGAGGAACCUGUCUCUCCAGAGGAACCUGUAUCUGAAGAAAAUGAUAACGUUUGGGCAUUAAUUCCUGAACUUAGAAAAAAGUUGCAUGCCCAUCAGAAGAAAGCUUUUGAGUUUCUCUGGAAAAAUAUUGCAGGGUCUAUGGAACCAGGACUUAUGGAAGCAAAAUCUAAAAGAAGAGGUGGCUGUGUGAUAUCUCAUUCUCCUGGAGCUGGAAAAACUUUUCUCAUUAUCGCCUUUCUUGUUAGCUACUUGAAGUUGUUCCCAGGAAAGAGGCCUCUAGUUCUUGCUCCCAAAACAACACUUUAUACUUGGUAUAAAGAAUUUAUCAAAUGGGAAAUUCCUAUACCAGUGUAUCUAAUUCAUGGUCGUAGAACCUAUAGGGUAUUCAAGCAGAAAUUAACGAUCAAUAUUCCUGGAAUUCCCAAGCCCACUGAUGAUGUCAAGCAUGUUUUGGAUUGCCUGGAGAAGAUACAAAAAUGGCAUUCGCACCCAAGUGUUCUAAUCAUGGGCUAUACGUCAUUUUUAACAUUGAUGCGAGAAAAUUCAAAGUUUGCACACAGAAAGUAUAUGGCUAAAGUAUUGAGGGAAAGUCCUGGGAUCCUGGUACUGGAUGAAGGGCACAAUCCUAGAAGCACUAAAUCAAGGUUGAGAAAAGUGUUGAUGAAAGUACAAACAGAAUUGAGAAUAUUGCUUUCUGGUACAUUGUUUCAGAACAAUUUCUGUGAAUACUUCAACACUCUGUGCUUGGCAAGACCAAAAUUUACACAUGAAGUACUGAAAGCUUUAGACCCAAAAUACAGGAGGAAAGGGAAAGUAGCAGAAAAGGCACGUAAUUUGUUAGAGUCACGGGCUAGAAAAUUCUUCUUAGAUAAAAUUGCUAAGAAAAUUGACUCAAAUAAUGGUGAGGAGAGGCUGCAAGGUCUAAACAUGUUGAGAAAUGUGACAAAUGGUUUCAUAGAUGUUUAUGAAGGCGGGAGUUCUGAUGGUCUACCUGGUUUACAAAUUUAUACUUUACUAAUGAAUACAACUGAUACCCAACAUGAGAUUUUGAAGAAACUGCACGAGAAAAUGGCCAAGUGCAAUGGGUACCCUCUGGAGUUGGAGCUUCUGAUAACGCUUGGCUCAAUACAUCCUUGGUUGGUCAAAACAGCUGUAUGUGCUGAGAAGUUUUUCACUCGGGAGCAAUUGAUGGACCUAGAGAAGUGCAAGUUUGAUUUAAAAAUAGGGUCAAAAGUAAGAUUUGUUUUGAGCCUUAUCUACCGUGUUGUCAAGAACGAGAAGGUUCUUAUUUUUUGCCACAACAUUGCACCUGUUAAAUUAUUCACAGAAUAUUUUGAGAAGUACUUUGGAUGGCAAAAGGGCCGGGAAGUUUUAGUACUAACUGGGGAACUAGAACUCUUUGAACGAGGGAGAGUAAUGGAUAAGUUUGAGGAGCCUGGUGGAGUGUCAAAGAUACUACUUGCUUCAAUUACAGCUUGUGCAGAAGGCAUUAGUUUGACUGCAGCUUCUCGUGUGAUCAUGUUGGACUCAGAGUGGAAUCCAUCAAAAACUAAGCAGGCUAUUGCUCGGGCCUUUCGUCCUGGUCAGCAAAAAAUGGUUUACGUGUAUCAGCUCUUGGUAACUGCUUCAUUGGAGGAAGAUAAAUAUCGAAGAACCACUUGGAAAGAGUGGGUGUCAAGCAUGAUUUUUAGUGAGGCCUUUGUGGAGGACCCUUCACAGUGGCAAGCUGAGAAGAUUGAAGAUGAUAUACUGCGAGAAAUGGUUGAGGAGGACCGGUCUAAAUCGUUCCAUAUGAUCAUGAAGAAUGAAAAGGCUUCAACCAACAAAUGAAAGGGCCAACUGAAGCUUAACAUUGCAGCGAGAUCAACAAAGGAUCCGAGCACACUUGUUAAUUAGCUUCUUUAUGGAGAGCCUAUAUGUUUUCUUUUUCUUUUUCUUGAAAAACUAGUGGAUUUAAUUUAGGCAG